AUGUUCCUGUGCUUACUCCUGACCACGUGCUGGUCACACGGGGCGAAUGAACACAAGCCGAACAUCGUCCUCAUAAUGGUUGACGAUUUGGGGAUUGGAGAUCUGGGCUGCUAUGGCAACGACACCAUCCAGACCCCAAACAUCGACCGCUUAGCCCGGGAUGGCGUCCGUCUCACCCAGCACAUCUCUGCUGCACCCUUGUGCAGCCCCAGCCGAGCUGCUUUCCUGACGGGGAGGUACCCCAUCCGUUCAGGUAUGGUUUCUAAUAACAGUGACCGGGUCAUCCAAACCCUUGGGGUCCCCGGCGGACUCCCUCUUAAUGAAACAACAUUUGCAGCCUUACUCAAGAGACAAGGCUACAGCACAGCAGUCAUAGGCAAAUGGCAUCAAGGUCUCAACUGCCAAUCUCGAGGUGACCACUGCCACCAUCCGUACAACUAUGGGUUUGAUUACUUCUACGGCAUGCCGUUCACUCUUACUAACCCUUGCUGGCCGGACCCCUCCCGUGACACAGAAUUAGCCAUUGGGCACUGGGUGUGGCUCUGUGUGCAGCUGGUCAUCAUCACCAUGCUCACUCUCACCCUGGGGAAGCUGACCGGCUGGGUCUCCGUUCCCUGGUCCCUCAUCAUCGCCCUAAUGCUGUUUGUGCUGCUGCUGGCGUGGGGGUGGCUCUCCAGCUACCAAUCUGCUUUGUACUGGGACUGCCUUCUCAUGAGGGAACAUGACAUCACGGAGCAGCCCAUGGAGGCAGUGAGAGCUGGAUCCAUCAUGGUAAAGGAGGCCAUCUCAUUUUUAGAAAGGAACAAGGAAGGCCCUUUCCUGCUUUUCUUCUCUUUUCUUCACGUGCAUGUACCGCUUCCCACCACAGAUGAGUUCAUUGGCACCAGCAAGCAUGGCUUGUAUGGAGACAAUGUGCAGGAGAUGGACUCCAUGGUGGGCAAGAUCCUUGGUGCUAUUGAUGAUUUUGGUCUGAGGAACCACACUCUUGUUUACUUUACAUCAGACCAUGGUGGCCAUCUGGAGGCUAGGCGAGGUCACGCCCAAUUUGGAGGAUGGAAUGGAAUUUACAAAGGUGGAAAAGGCAUGGGGGGCUGGGAAGGUGGAAUCCGAGUCCCAGGAAUUAUUCGAUGGCCGGAAAAGAUACCAGGUGGACGUUCCAUUGACGAACCCACAAGUCUGAUGGACAUUUUCCCAACACUAGCCUCGGUGUCUGGAGGAACACUUCCCCAGGACAGAGUGAUUGAUGGCCGAGACCUCAUGCCCUUGCUGCAGGGAGACGUCCAGCACUCAGAGCAUGAGUUCCUGUUUCACUACUGUGGCUCAUAUCUGCAUGCUGUGAGGUGGCACCCAAGGGAUAAUGCUAGGGCAGUUUGGAAGGUGCAUUACGUCACACCGAUCUUUCAGCCACCAGGAGCUGGGGCUUGCUACGAGAGCCACUUUUGUGGGUGUUCCGGAGAAGAAGUUACCAUCCAUGAUCCCCCUCUGCUGUUUGAUCUGUCCAGAGACCCAUCUGAGUCCAAACCCCUGACACCUGACACGGAGCCCCUGUUCAAGUCAGUGAUUAAAGCGGCAGCUGCUGCCCUCAGACAACACCAGGCCAGCAUCAUUCCCGUCCAGCAACAGCUGUCGCAGUUGAACAAGGACCAGAUAUGGCUGAGGCCUUGCUGUGGGGUGUUUCCAUUUUGUCUGUGUGACAAGGAGGAGGAAGCCCCCAUCCCUCACUAAUAAUGAAAAGAAAAAAUCAAAACCGAAGGCCACCCAUUCUGGCACUUUCAAAUUUGCAAGGUGUAUGCUUGAG